UGAAGAUUAAUUUAGAACAAGUGGUAAAUGGAAGUCUUGGAAGCAAGCAUCUAAUGAAUGACGUUUGUAUCUGUAAAAGGUUUAUAAAAAGAGACUGAGAUGAGAUGACAUACAAUUAGUGUUGACAUUGUAGAUAGCACAAGUAGUUGAGUCGAGUGGUGUUUAGGUAAUGCGGUUGACAGACUAGAAAGUAGAGACAUUGUUGUAACUGUCUCAAAUUAUCAUCUUCUCAACUGACUUAAAAGCAUCUUCAGGAGAGAGAAGUCUACUUUUCUGUGAUCUAUUCAAUGGAAUCUGAUUUUUUUUUUUUUUUCUGUGACUAAGUACAUUUGCAAUAACAAAUUUAUUUUUAUUUUGUAUUGCUGUUUAUUUGAAGAAUCUCGCGUCCAAAUUUUUAUCCAUUAAAAAUGGUAGUAUAAUUCAUCUACAUAAAGUUUCAAUCAGAAAAUUUGCCGCGGAAAGCCUCGAUUCUGGCCUAUGAACCUAGCCAACUCCACCUCACGCCUAAGCAAAAACUUGAGAAUCUGGCCCAAAAAUCCUGACUUUGGGUCUCAAAACGUCAUUUCUUUAUUGAAAUCAUCCCAGCAAAUUACUGAAAUCUCUCAAAUUCACGGCUAUAUGCUCAAGACUGGACUUGACCAAAACCCCUUCACUUUGAGUAAGCUCCUUGCAUCUUCCAUUCAAAACAUACAGUAUGCAGCCUCCAUUUUUAAGGACAUUCAGAACCCAAAUCUUUUCAUGUUUAACACAAUGCUCCGGGGAUAUUCGAUCAGUGAUGACCCAGCACAAGCGUUUACUGUUUUCAAUAACUUGAGGGCUCAAAGUCUCGAGCUUGAUCAGUUCUCUUACAUUACAACUCUCAAAGCUUGUUCUCGUCAAUUGGCUAUUAUGAUUGGCCUGAUGAUUCACGGGCUUGUCUUGAAAUCCGGGUAUAUGUCGUUUAUCAAUGUUAAGAACACCCUUUUGCAUUUGUACUGCGUUUCCGGGAAAAUUAGAGAUGCCCGCCAGUUGCUUGAUGAAUUUCCUGAAAAAAAUGAUUUGGUUACGUGGAACACUUUAAUGGGUGGCUACUUUCAUGCUUCUCAACCGACAGCAGUGGUGGAUUUGUUUAGGCAAAUUUGUGGGAGAGGGUUAAGAGUUAAUUCCAGUACUAUUUUGAAUAUUUUGUGUGCUGUUGGUGACUUGGGAGAUUUGAGCGGAGGAGAGUCUCUUCAUGCGCUAUGCAUCAAGUUUGGCUUUAAUUUAGAUUUGAAUGUGGUUACUGCUUUGAUUGAUUUGUAUGCACAACUUGGAGAUAUUGAUUCAGGUCGUAGGAUUUUUUAUGAGGUUAGGGAAAAGGAUGUUAUUUUGUGGAACUGUAUGAUAGAUAAGUGCGCAAAAGUUGGGUUGCUAGAGGAAUCCAUAGCUCUAUUGCGGCUAAUGAAACUUGCACAAGUGAAGGCUAAUUCAUCUACAUUGGUUGGACUGUUAUCAGCCUGUGCUGUCUCUGGAUCUUUGAGUUUAGGGCAAUGCAUUUAUGAUUAUGUAGAAGAAGAGUUUUUAGCAUUGGAUGUGAAUCUGGGGACAGCUUUGAUUGAUAUGUAUGCUAAAUGUGGGGUGUUAGAUAAGGCUAUUGAUAUUUUUGAGAGGAUAAAGACCAAAGAUGUGCAAUGUUGGACAGCAAUGAUUUUUGGUUAUGGGACUCAUGGCGAGGCACGAAAUGCUGUUUCACUAUUCUAUAAGAUGGAAGAAGAAGGAUGCAGACCUAAUGAAGUUGCUUUCUUGGCCAUUCUAAGCUCUUGUAGCCAUGGAGGUCUGGUUAUAGAAGGAAUGAAUUGUUUUGAGAAAAUGGUUGUCGAAUAUGGUUUUGUACCAAAAACUGAACAUUAUGGUUGUUUGAUCGAUCUUCUAGGACGUGCAGGGUUACUAGAGGAAGCUUAUAAUCUAAUGAAAAGCUUGCCGAUCAAGGGUGAUGCCACAGCAUGGCGUACAUUGCUCUCAGCUUGUCGUGUCUAUGGAGAUGUUAAACUGGGAGAAUGUGUGUUGCGGGAGAUUAAUGAUGAACACCCCACUAAUGCAAUCCUGGUCUCUAGUGCUUACGCCAUUGCUGGAAUGUUGCCUGAUCAAACACUAAUCCAGGAAAGGACAGAAGAGAGGAGUGAUAAACAAGUUGGUGGCAUUAUGUCAAUUAGAAGCAAGAGUCCUAAGAUGAUAAAGGAAGCUGGACGUAGCACAAUUGAAAUGGAAAGAUAGAAACUAAGCAAAAUUGUUGACAAGCUUCAUCUGCCACUAUUGCAACGACCAGUUUCAAUUUCUUGGAUGUUCUUUCAAGUUAAGCUUCACGAUGUUGGGAUUUGGAAGUUGCUGCUUCUAACUACAAAAUUUUGUCAAUAUCAUCCAUCAACCAAAUCAAAGCAGUCAAGAGUGCAAAAAUUUACAUGGAAGCAUUAGAAACUCACUUCAAGAGGUUAGCGUACAUGAGAGUUCUGGAUUAGAUUUAUUUUCCUCAACAAUUUGCCUUGUAUAUUUUGCAGAUGUACCAGUAAGUUUAAGAAGCAACUUCCUAUGACUUUAAUGUAGACUUUACAAAAAAAUUCCUAACCUCUACUGCAACAAAAUUCAGUUAAUAGCCAAAAUUAUUCUCAGUUCUACACUUAAAACCUAAAUAUGUUUUUAGGUUUCUACAAAGUUCUCAAUUAGAAAUGAUCUAAGGUUUUGUGUUAUGCACUGAACUCUGUUUUGUGGUUCCAGUUUGAUAAUAAACAGAAUAGGGGAUGUUACUAAAGGAAUUCUUUAGGUCACUAAGAAACAAGGGGCUUCCAUAGAUCUAUGGUCACUUAUUACUUUUCCAAGAGAAUCUCCAAGACUAUAGAGUAAAUUCUAAGGAAAGUUUGAGGCAUCAAAGAGAUCUCAAUUUUUUUGUCACCCAAACUGUUGAAAGAUCACCUCACUUUUAGUUUUAGUGCAUAAUUUUUUAUGAAGUGGCAUCACUAGCAUAGAAAUUCUUCAAGACAUCAAGGAUGAACAUUCUGUUGAGAAUUUUUCAGAAAAAAUUAAACUUGACUUCUCAUCUUCAGCAGUGGGCAGAAACGUGCGGUGAAUGUAAGGGACGUUCUGGGA